AUGUCUUCCAUGCGAGGUCUCGUUCAAUUCAUCGCAGAUCUGCGGAAUGCGCGGGCGCGGGAAUUGGAGGAGAAGCGAGUAAAUAAGGAGUUGGCCAACAUUCGACAAAAGUUCAAGGCCGGCAAUCUCAACGGAUAUCAAAAGAAGAAAUACGUGUGCAAGCUACUCUACGUUUAUAUUCAAGGAUACGAUGUGGAUUUUGGUCAUCUGGAAGCGGUCAACUUGAUCUCCUCGAACAAAUACUCCGAGAAGCAAAUCGGCUACCUCGCGGUAACUCUAUUCUUGCACGAGGGGCAUGAGUUGCUGCAUUUGGUUGUGAACAGUAUACGCAAGGACCUGCUCGACAAUAAUGAACUGUUCAACUGUUUGGCGCUGCACGCUGUCGCCAAUGUGGGUGGUCGGGAACUGGGAGAAGCCUUGGCGACGGAGGUUCACCGGUUACUCAUUUCCCCAACCUCAAAAGCAUUCGUCAAGAAAAAGGCCGCUCUCACAUUACUCCGACUCUACCGCAAGCAUCCGGGCAUCGUGCGGAACGAAUGGGCGGAGCGAAUAAUCUCCAUCAUGGACGACCCCGAUAUGGGUGUGACCCUGUCUGUCACUUCGCUCGUGAUGGCAUUGGCGCAAGACCUCCCCGAAGAAUACAAGGGCUGCUACGUGAAGGCAGCUCAAAGAUUAAAGCGCAUCGUGAUUGACAACGAUAUCGCACCCGACUAUCUUUAUUACCGUGUCCCCUGUCCCUGGAUCCAAGUCAAGUUCUUGCGACUAUUGCAAUACUACCCUCCAUCACAGGACAGCCAUGUCCGCGAAAUCAUUCGCGAAUCUCUUGCGCAGAUCAUGCAGUCUGCUAUGGAAACGCCGAAGAACGUUCAGCAAAACAAUGCUCAGAAUGCAAUUCUUUUCGAGGCAAUUAACCUCCUCAUUCAUCUCGACUCGGAGCAUAAAUUGAUGCUUCAGAUCUCCGCUCGGUUGGGCAAAUAUAUCCAGUCCCGAGAAACGAAUGUUCGCUACCUGGGCCUGGAUGCCUUGACUCACUUUGCUGCUCGAGCAGAGACGCUUGAUCCCAUCAAAAAGCACCAGAACAUCAUUUUGGGCUCUCUGCGCGACAGAGAUAUCAGUGUCCGUCGAAAGGGCUUGGAUCUCCUUUACAGCAUGUGUGACACCACCAACGCAGGUCCAAUUGUCAACGAGCUGCUACGUUAUCUUCAGACCGCCGACUACGCCAUUCGUGAAGAAAUGGUUCUGAAGGUGGCUAUUCUGACGGAGAAGUAUGCCACGGACGCGCAAUGGUACAUUGACAUGACCCUGAAACUUCUGUCGCUGGCUGGCGAACACGUCAACGAAGAAGUCUGGCAGCGUGUGAUUCAGAUUGUGACCAAUAAUGAGGAGCUACAAGCCUAUGCCGCCCACACCCUGCUCGGUUAUCUGAAAACUGACUGCCAUGAGAGCUUGGUGAAGAUUGGUUGUUACGUGCUGGGAGAAUUCGGUCACCUCAUCGCCGAUAACGCUGGCUCAAGUCCUAUUGAGCAAUUCCUGGCUCUGCAAGGGAAGAUGUUCACCGGAUCUGACAAUGCCCGUGCUAUGAUCCUUUCUUCCUUUGUCAAAUUUGUCAACCUUUUCCCCGAAAUCAAGCCCCAACUUCUGCAAAUCUUCCGCCUUUACAGCCACUCUCCUGACUCGGAGUUGCAGCAGCGGGCAUUCGAAUACCUUUCACUGGCCACGUUACCUACGGACGAUCUUCUUCGUACCGUCUGCGACGAAAUGCCCCCCUUUUCUGAAAGGACAUCUAUUCUUCUCUCCCGACUUCAUCAAAAGACGGCCGGUACUAGCGAGAAGAAGACGUGGGUGGUGGGCGGUAAGGAUGCCAACGCCGACAAGCAAGAGAUUCUCUUGGCACAGCAAACAGGUCUCAAGCGCAGUUUCACCACAAUUGUCAACGGCACCCGCUCAACAUCCAACGGUGGAAGCACGCCCACCAGUGCUACGAGUGCCUCGGGUGACUUGGCUGGGCUGGACUUUAGCAAUGGACCCACGGCCCCUGCUCCUAAUCUUGCCAGUGCCGCUCAUCUGAGCCCGGACUGGGAGAUUGGGUACAAUCGACUUUACUUUUCGAACGAGGGCGUGCUCUUUGAAGAUGCCCAGAUUCACGUUGGGUUGCGCUCAGAGUAUCGCGGCCACAUGGGUGUUGUGAAGAUCUACAUUUCCAAUAAAUCUUCUUUUGCGAUCAAUUCACUCACGACGACAGUGGAGAACCCUGCGGCUCCCAAUCUGAAGAUCGAUACCAAGAACCUGCCUGAUUCCAGCGUGCCGGCAGCAGGACAAACUCAGCAGACGCUAUUCUGCGUAUCACACGGUCCCUUCUCCGAUGCCCCAACCAUUCGCAUUUCAUAUCUAGCCGGAGCACUGCAAGCAUAUACCCUACAGCUACCGGUCUUGAUGCAUCGGUACAUGGAACCAUCUUCUCUAUCUGCAGAGGACUUUUUCAAGCGUUGGCGUCAAAUCGGCGACGGCCCUCUUGAGUCGCAGAAAACCUUUGGCCUAAGUGGCAAGAACAAGAUGAUCAACGAGUCCUACACUCGCAAGACGGUGGAGGGCUUUGCCUGGAAGAUUCUGGAUGGAGUGGACCCCAACCCACGGAAUAUUGUCGGUUGCGGAGUGUUCCAGUUCGAGGGGGGUAAGACGGGCUGUUUGUUGAGAUUGGAGCCUAACUACGAAAAAUCGAUGUAUCGGGUGACCGUCCGUGCCACCAAGGAAGGGAUACCUCAAGGACUGGCGCGACAGAUGGAACAAAAGUUGUCUCAGGGCUUGAGAAGAGAUACUGUCGACUAG